UUUUUCUUCAUUGUCAUCCUUAACGAUAAGGAAUUACUCAAAGGUUUGAGAGUCUAAUUCCAACACUUGUUGCGUGGUGCUUUGUUUUGGAAUAGUGAAAAUGUUUUAGUUGGUUAUAGAAAAUAUUCGUGUCGGUUAUUUGUGGCUUCCGAUGAUGGUGUGACUGUUAAUGAGGAUUCUCAAGAUAGUAGCAGUAGUAAUGCUACUGACCUUGAGAAAGUAAAGGUGAAAUUGAAUAGGCCGUUGGUGAAUGAUGAUGAUUUCUGUGAGGGGCUUUCGCAAUCUUUAUAUGAUGCUGCUAGGGUUUUUGAGUUGGGAAUUAAAGAUCAGAAUUCGCUCUCGAGAUUGCCUUGGUUUUCGAUGAAUUGGUUUGGAGUAGAUCAAGAUGUGUGGGAGAAGACACUGUCGUAUCAGGUUUUGGAGAAAGAUUUAGCAAUAUUUGGGUUCUUUAUUGCUUUAGGAAGAAGUACGUGGUUCUUUCUUUUAUCAAAUGGUUUCAAUACUCUAGAUGAACAAGUUGAAGAUUUUAUAAGGCAUCUCAUUGUAGGAAGUGUUGUAUAUUAUCCUGAGCUCUUGUCUGUAAGUUCAUAUCAAUUGUACGUGGAGGUAGUUUGUGAAGAGUUGGAUUUGCUUCCUUUUUAUCCUGGAAACGUCAAUACUGCAAAACAGCUUCACAUGCAUAAAACUAAACAUGAAGGUCCUCCAAAUGCUGAAGCAGUGCCCCAAGCACUAGAUAUUUGCUCUCGUUGGAUGAAGAGCUUUAUAAAAUACAGUACAUGGCUAGAGAGCCCUUCUAAUGUGAAGGCGGAUAGAUAUUUGUCAAUAGGGCACAAGAAGUUGUUGGAGUGCAUGGAAGUUAGGAUGCUAAAGUAAGCUAUCAGGGAAAACACUCCAUAUGUGAUGUUUUUUUACACUCUUAUUGUUACAAUUUACAGGCACUCAUUAUUUAAAACCAGAGUUAAAUAUUGAAACUGUUGCAUAUGUAUUUGUCAUGGUCAUUCAAUAUGAAGCUUGAAGUAGUUCAAAUUAAGUUUGGGUAGAUUGUCCCUUGUGAGUGAUUGUUUGUGUUUUUGGCUUUUUGCGAUAAAUUGUUCCCAGAAAAUCACUUAAUAAGAAAAGUUGCACGUAGUCACUCUUCAAAUGAAUCUAGAAUAAAGGCACUGCUGACUGGUUCCAAUUCCAAUUAAUAAUUUUUUUCACAUUUAGCAUGUUUUUUAAUGCAGUGAGCUUAAUCUUAUUACUUAUGUGUCAAAGUUGUUAUCAUAUUGUGUAUGCAUGCCUUUGAGUCUCACAUCUUUAAUCUUAUUACUUAUGUGUCAAAGUUGUUAUCAUAUUGUGUAUGCAUGCCUUUGAGUCUCACAUCUUUAAUCUUAUUACUUAUGUGUCAAAGUUGUUAUCAUAUUGUGUAUGCAUGCCUUUGAGUCUCACAUCUUUAAUCUUAUUACUUAUGUGUCAAAGUUGUUAUCAUAUUGUGUAUGCAUGCCUUUGAGUCUCACAUCUUAACAGUAUACUCUUGCGUCUUGGUUAGAUCCUAGACAAUCCUUUAGGAAAUAAACUUGGAGGUUGUUCGAAAUGGUGUGCGUUUUAUCUCCAACACAAUCAUUAUAUGGCUGCUAUAUAAGCAAUCUAUUACUAAGAACUAGUUUUGCAUUCAGCCCUCGUUACUCAAUGUAAACUUGCUAGUUUAGAUGUUUCCAAAUUAUUUGUUUCAAUCUUUCAACAACUUUGUGGAGAUAAUUGUACUAAAAGGAAGGGGGGGCCUUCUUUAAAACCAGUAGCCUGUAAAAUUUGAUUCUUCACUUCAAUGUCCACGUUCCCAAAAUAAGCUCUACAUUUCCCUGGAUUCACACAUAAACUUGUAGUCUCAGAGAAAUCAUGGAACUUCUGCAUAGCCAGCUGGACAGAUACUAAAUCCCCUCUAGUAAACAAAAGAAGAUCAUCAGCAAAGCUUAUGUUCACAAUACUUAACCUUUCACACUUAGAAUGGAAGUUAAAUUUAGGAUCUCUUUUAAGCUUCUGCAGGGUUCUAUAAGAAUGACAACAGUUUUUUCAUGAAACAAAAUCUGGUCAAACAACCUAUAAGGAUGGUGCAACAUCAUCAAACUGAUAUAUGAUCAAACAAGUUUUAAGGAUGGUGCAUCCCUACACUACAUUGCAUCAGAAACAACCAAACCAGAUAACAAAGCUCAAAGCAGUUUAUACAAAAGUGAUCAA